AUGUAAAGCUGACGUGUGCAUAUAUAGAACAUGCACACUGCAUAUAUCACAGUAUUGUGGCAAUAGAGUUUUAAAAUACGUUCAGAAGUAUGGCAUCGUUAAAGGAUAAAGUUGUCAUCAUUACAGGUUCCGGCGAUGUGACCGGCAUAGGUGCGGCCACAGCGCUACACAUGAUCAAAUUUCAACCCCGACUGGUCAUCACAGGACGGGUCAAAAGCAGACUUGACGCAGUUGAGGAAAGCUUACUGGCUGCGGGUCUCAAACAGGACCGGCUCCUCGUCGUUGUGUGUGACGUCACUGAUGAUGCUCAGCUUCAGAAUCUUGUGCAGAGAACGCUCGAGAUAUUCGGGCAGAUAGACGUACUGGUGAACAACGCAGCGGUAGUCGUUUCCUUUUCCGUCAUGGAAACCAAUAUGACUGAUUUUGAUCACGUGAUGAACACGAACAUCCGGUCGCCCUUCCUUCUCACGAAGCUGUGCCUGCCUCACCUUAUCAAGACCAAAGGUUGUGUGGUUAACGUGUCGAGUAUUGCAGGUCAACUUACGUUCCAAGGACAUGCCAGCUACAGCAUCAGUAAAGCAGCACUGGACCAGUUCACGGGCAUUCUAGCUAAUGAGAUGGGUGAACAUGGCGUAAGAGUCAACUCCGUUAAUCCAGGGGUGAUCCGGACGGGGAUUUAUCUGAAAUUUGGUAUGAGCGAGGAGGAAUUUCCCAAGUUUUCAGAGGAUCAGAAGAGGACACAUGCACUUGGGCGUGUCGGGGAACCAGACGAGGUUGCCAAGGCAAUAACGUUCCUCGCAUCCGACCAGGCGUCAUUCACUUCUGGUCAAAUAUUGUACGUGGACGGCGGUCACCACAAGAGACCAAUCAUAUAACUGGAUAAUCGAGUGAUUGACAAGAGAAGCAAGAAAAUACCUUUUGAAAAUUUCGUUUUCCAACUGAAGUGAGUUCCACUUUGGUUAAAUUCAUAAAUCACAAAAAAAAAUUCAGACAGUUGUUACUUAUUUGAUAAAAUAAAGUUAAAAGUACGCAAGUUUAAAUGAAAAAAAAAUGUUUGGUUAGUGCAUGGUAACAGGUUAUAUAACUACAUGUAUUAUAAUGUAUAUCAUAAGAUGCAGAUUAGUCAACCUUGUGGUCAAUAAUUGGAUUGCAAACCGAGGUUCUGAUCUUGUACAUUUGAAUUUGAAUUUUAGGAUAAUUGUCAAUAUGGUUUGCUAAAAGAACUUAAGCUCUGAUUAAAAGAAUAUGAGAACAUGAAAAUGUAUGUGUAUGUCAAUGUUUUGCUUUCAAUGGCGUUUUGUAAAUGGUAUUAAACAGAACCAAAGUUCCUUUUCCAAUUUUUAUGUGGUUUUGAUUUUACAAGAUACAUGGCAUUAAGCAUUUUUCUAACAGAUUAACGUCCACUUAUGAUCAUUAAAUUGUCCGAAUGUCACAAUAUUAUAAACAGAAAGCUGAAGUGUUGCUGGGACUGGAGUCUAUGAUCCCGUGCCAGAUGGUCUGAAAAGUAAGGUUCAAAUAUGUUUAAAAAUAUAAUAAACUGUAAAAA